CGCUCUAGCCUGCGCGGGAGGCAGUGAGACGCCGGGGACGGCUUCCAGGCGGCGAAAGCUCCAGAGGGCCCCGUCGCCGGUGGCGCGGUCGGCCAUGGAGACUUUACGCAAAGCGCUGGUCGUGGGUGCCCUUCUGGGCGCGGGGGCUGGCGUGGGCUCCGCGCUCUUUGUCCUCGUGACCCCGGGAGAGGAGAAGAAGCAGGCGAUGCUGAAGGAGAUACCCGAGCAGGACCCGCGGCGCAGGGACGAGGCGACCAGAACCAAAGAGUUAGUGCUGGCCACUCUGCAGGAGGCAGCGACCACGCAGGAGAACGUGGCCUGGAGGAAGAACUGGAUGGUCGGCGGCGGCGGGAGGUCAGCGUGAGCCCGGACCUCCCUGGUGGGCGCUGGCACCUUGCUCCCGCGCAGGAGUCCGGCGCGGCCUUUCUCCUCCGUAGGCCCGGUAGGGAGUCCGGACCCGGGAUGCCGCGCCCAGGCCUCGUUGAGACCCCGGGAGCCGCUGCGGGGUGAGCACGUCCCGCCGCCACCCGCAGACGCUGCACUGAUAGUCCGUCCUGCGUCGCGGGCCAGGGCGUGGGAUGUGGCUAACUGAAGGAACCAAUAAAUCACGUUCCUCCGUCCGGUCAGUGAGCCCUGCGGUCUGACGCCUGUGUCUAGAGUGUUCUGGGGAUCCGUGUAGGGGACGCGGAUGACUGUGAGUCCCACCGGUCCUGCAACGACCACGUUUUCCAAACACAAGCCAGGUCAUGUGGUCUGAGGGGCCUUUCGGUGAUAACCAGGAGACGUUCUCGAAAUCAGAACUAUCCUGGAAAAUCCUGUAGCAGUAGAUGCCCAUGGAGGACACUUUGGGUGAGGUUGGAGAGGGGCUGUUGGUAUUUAGCAUGUGCGGUGAUGAUUUCUGUGGCUACCGAACCGUUGGAGGCCAAUUUAAAUUGCUGAGCGAAAGGAGCGUGCUUUAAGUCAGACAGAUCUUGAUUAAAGUCCUGCCUAUUACAAAA